AAAAUUCUACACAAAUAGGAUAUUCUGGACCGUUUUCAGGAAAAGAUGCGGCGAACCGUGCAUCGCAACCAGCCUCAACCCUCUGGCGGGAAUAUUUUCGCGCGAAAUACGACGAGAGCGCGCGUCUUUGUACGCGGCGCUUUUUUUGCGCGAAACGGUCGAGCGUUAUACCCUCUGUGGUAGACAUUUAAAUCGAAGUCAUCCGGUCCAUUUAAUCGAUCUUAUUAGUCCCGGAUUACGUUGGAUAGACUCUUUAAUUCAUCUAGUUGUGCAAUCAUGGUACAGUUUUGAUUGAAGGUUUGCGUAAUAUACGUUUCGAGGGGGAUUUUUCGAGGUCUACUAUGUCCGCGUAGCGGAAGCCUACUUAGUGCUGGGCGCCGGCUGCUGGCGGUGCGGGCCGCAUCACGUCGAGGGAUGAUGAUCUCCACGCAUCAGGUGGACUUGGUUCACACGGAGAUGGCCAGCGGAAGCUUCAAGACACCUACGGCCAAGGAAGCGGGAGGAUCGCGGCACUCGCUCGUCAAGCCGGGCCAGCUGCCGGCGGCUGCCAUUGUGAUGGACGAGUACGGACAGACUCCUGACCACUUUUACCUGGCCCGCAAUCCGGCCAAGCCGCCUGCCGAGAGAAACCAGGUCAAGCGCCGGCUAGACAUGGAGUCCCCCGAGUCAUUUGAUUUCAAGGCACCAGCGACGAAGAAGGGGCGUCUGGCCAGCUCUGCCGGAGGUCAAGUUCGCAAAAAUGGGGAACGCAAUCGGUAUGACACAUCCCUCGGUCUGCUCACAAAGAAGUUCAUCCAGCUGCUGAAGGGUGCAUCAGACGGGGUGGUGGACUUGAAUAAAGCGUCGGAGCAGCUAGGUGUACAGAAGCGGCGCAUCUACGACAUCACAAACGUUCUCGAGGGAGUGGGCCUCAUCGAGAAAAAGUCCAAAAACAACAUUCGGUGGAGGGAGGGACGAGGGGCGGCCACCCUCAAUGGAAGCCGGCAGCGCAUGCUGCAGCAGGAAAUCGAUGAGUACAUCAAAGUGGAACGCGAGCUGGACGCGCUGCUAGAUAGCGCAGUGUCUGACUUGCGAGGCAUCGCUGAAAAUGUUGAUCGAAGGUAUGCUUAUGUUACGUAUCGUGACCUGCGAAGCAUCAGCAGCCUGGCUGACCAGACGGUGAUAGCAGUCAAGGCGCCUCCUGAGACACGGCUAGAAGUGCCUGAUCCCCACAAGGGCCUGCAGAUCUGGCUCAAGAGUGAUAAAGGGGAGAUUGAAGUGUACCUGUCCAACCCCGAAGACCCCGUGGGACAUGUCAACUGCGAUACAGAGGUCCCUGUGAGCAGCCAGCCUUCGUCGUCUUCCUUAGGGGACUACGAAGAGGCAGCACAAUCUACUGCUGUGGCAGGACCCUCCACGGAGGAGGUCGUGCUAAAGCGAGCCCUCAUCUCCGAAGAGGAUGACCUCGGACCGAUGGGCGGCCGGCAGUUGCUGGUACAGACGGAGGACCAGCUGCUGGUGGACAGCUUUGUGCAGCUGGAGCCCCCGCUCUCUGAAGAGGACUAUGCCUUCACUCUUGACCAGGCCGAGGGCAUUGCCGACCUGUUCGACGACUACGACUUCUCCGACCUCUGCCCCCCGUCCAAGUGAUGUCCGCUCGCUCGAUUUCCAAUUCAGUCUCUCUCACUGUCUGUCUGUGCCGACAAGUACAAAAAAACAGGCGCCGUGCCGUUGCCGGCUCUUCCCCCGGUGACGCCCUCCCCCUUCCCCCUUCACGUAGCACUGCCGCAGCACGCUUGUGUGUGCACAGUUUCCUGCUCGUGCACGAUGUCAGGUGGACAACAUAGCUGUACAGUACUGGCCGUGGGAAAUCAAACAUGUUGAGCCUAUGUUAGCAUAUCUAUGUGAUUCUGCACCACACGUCUAAGACCUUGUCCCUUCUUUGAAUGUGUUGUGCAUGUCUGUCUUGUGUUGAGCCCUUCCAUUGUCUGUUUGUUUUGUUCGUUUGCUGUUUUGUAUUUAUGCUUUUGACCGGGAUGGCUUUUUAGACCGUGUCCUCUCUUGCUUGAGGACAGACUCCGAGGGGCUGUUGCGGUGGUGCGCACAGAGACAAAGAUCCACAUUAUUUGUCUGCUCGCUGGUGCUGCCACAGAAACGAGGUUUUUACAAAGUGUAUUUUAGUCGCAUCUGAGGAAUCUGUUCGCUGUUGAUGUAGCACUGCAGCACCAAUUGUUGCAGUUUGGUGGAAGCCUCCAUCUGUGUGUGUUUGCUUUGAAGUCUUACCGUUGUUGCCUUUGAAAGCGCACGAGCUCACGCAGCCCAUGCACUUAGUUUUAAACUAGCCGAGCGGCAGCAGAAAGCAUGAACAUUAUUAUAGUGGCAUGUGUGUGCAAUUUUGCGCUAUUUGUGCUUUUAUUUAGCUUUCUCUGGCCACAUUAGGGGCAUUAUGAAGGAGGUUGCCAUCUGCUCUCUGGUGACGGUUGCAGAGCCGGGUUGACUCAGUCAUUUUAGUCUUAUAUUUUGUGCCAUUAGCAUGGCAUCGAAGCAGGGGAGUUUUGAGAUGUGCAGGUCGUGCUGUUUGGGUGUAUUGUUUUCCAUUCAGGGUGCUCAUUUGACAGUGUAGUCAGCUGAGCAAGACAGUGUACUGCUGACAGGGAUUUCAGAUCAUUUUUUAUGGCAUGGGCAUCUGUUUAGGCAACGUAAACUUCUGGUUAUCGCUGCUUCAAUUGUAUAAAGUCUUAUUUAUCACUUUUGGGUGGAUAGAUGACAGUGCUGCCUGUACGUUGAAAGGUCUGAAGCUUUUUUGUGUUAGCAGUGUCCUUUUUAAGAAGCAGCAAUAACUUAUCUCUUAUAGCUCUAUCAGUGCCAUCAGCCCAGUGUUGAAAAAGAAACAGAGUUUACUAUGUUUGAUCCCUAAGGCACAGUAAUCUUUGACAGUUCGCACUGUCAGUACCUUUUGAAGGGCUCAGUUUGAGAUGACAGCAGUGAAAGAGCGAGUCAGACUAUAAAAAGGGCUCCUAGGCAUUGAUUGUAUGGUGCUCGGAAGCGUAAAUUACCAUUUGUAGCUUCUUCGUAGAGAAAAAGAAAAACGCUGUCUAGGGGAGUUGUCCGCCCUUUGCUUGCUGAUAGGCUCGUUACCAUUUCAUAAAUGGUACUGGUUGCAGUUUGUUGCUAAAAAGGUCAAGUAGGCCUUGAGGCUCCCUGUGGCUGGUUCUUGAGGCAGAUUCUUGACAUUUAUGCUGUGAAAUUAAUAAGCUUCAAAACUUCACUUGAGGUCCUUAUUUUUCAGUUCAGUUACGUUAUGUUUGCAUGCAAAGAGUCCAAUUCUAAGUCAGGCGUUGUGUGCCAGGGUGACCACAUGUGACGGUCGCUGAAACGAAAGUUAAUUAACUACAGAAGCAGGUGCAAGGUGGAAGUUAUGCUUAAGAUCGUCCUAAAAGCGUUCUGACUCAAAAUAUUUAAAGCAAGAUUACAUGCAAGAUCGUCUCGUGGAAACACACACUUUUAAUAAAUAUAAACAAAUAUAGCCUGGAGCAUAUUUUAAAUAAAAUUCUAGGCGCAUGCUGUGCAUCAUGAUAUCAUCAGCUUGGCUGGACCUACCCACACCACAAAGCUCAAAGUUUCGGGAUGAGAACAAUGGUGGAGACAUUCUAAAAAGCGUACACAAACAAAGCUGUCAACGUGGUGCUUAUGUGCACAUUUUACUGCACAUGACAUGCAUGUGAUAGUUCUGUGUUGGUCACACGGUUUGCUGUACCUGCAUGUCAGCCGUCCUGACCCACCUUUUUGCAGUGCUCCCUGAAGCUGAAAUUCUGAGUUGGCAAUAUAAAUAUUUCACCAAACAAGAGGCCAUUGUGCACUGUAGCUAUCCAGCCAUGACAGUUUUGCCAUUAUUUAGCAUUUAAUCUAAAAGCAAACUACAAAACUUUAGUGUCAGUACUCAUUUUAGGGCUCUCUUAAACAACACCUGGGCUUCUGCGCUUCAAAACUAAUACUAGUUUCAUUAAUUGGUUAAGUAAAGAGAUUUCUACAUUUGUUUUUUCUUUAUAUCACUUUGCUGCACAUGCACCGGGCACAUACCAUAACUGUUGGUCACAUAGUAGGGUGUGAGGAAUACUGUACCAUGAAUCCAGGGAAAAGCAAAAGGAAGCAUUAUGGGAGAAUACACUAGUGCACCUAAAACCUUGCUUGCUUCGCGGGGCAAACCUAAGUGCUCAGUGCCUGCAACAUGCUGAAGGAAUGGGGACGGUGUUUUUGUGCGCUGUCCUUCAACAAGUGUCCUUUUGUCCGAGUCCAUUCAGUGUGCCAUCAUGCCCUUGAAAUCUGCCUUAGUUGCUUCCCUGUUUUUGCAUUUAGAGGGCUGUCGGCACUGACGGUUUCACUUCAGUGGUUGAAGAGACAGCUGGUCACAUGAAAGCCCUUUCAUUUUGUGCGUGCAGAGUGCAGGAGGAAUCGGCAGUGGCAUAGCUGGAGGUUGUGACAGCGUCCAACAUUCCUCGGUUAUGAAUGAAUUGAAAUGGCUACAUGAAAAUGACAUUCUCGUGGAAGCCUUGUCGGCUGCUCUGCGUGCCUCUGCCGCAACUACAGUGUGGCAAUGGGCCUGUGUGGAACAUAAGGUGUUUGCGGGUGUGCUAGGGGGUACUUGUUUCCUGUUUGUAUUCAGGAAUGGUGGCACCUUACGAAGCGUUCCUUUUAGACCGCGUGGUUUGAAAAAGUAUUCCUCGUGCCUGCCUUCCUACCCAUGUGACGUGUGUGUCGAACUUUCAGUCAACACUGUCGUAUAUGAGAAACUGCGGAUAUGGGAAAGAGGCUUGCCUAUUUUUAUGGGAGGUCAGUUGUCCUUUGGACGAUACCUCCAGCGCACUUGUUCUGGUGUGCGAUACGAACUGCCAUUAUGAAGCAAGGUAUUAUAUUUUGCAACAAGAACUGGUGUUCAUUGUACAUAGUGUGUAACAUAUAUUUUUCACUUUUUGUAGGUAUUUUGUGUAUGUGUUUGCUAAUGAAAUGUUGACAGGUUCUUUUUUUUUUAGAAGGUUGAAUUUGGGUCGUGUGACACUACACAAGCAGCUAUAUGGGCUAGCUUGUUGCUGUUGCCAAAUAAAAAUUUCGUUUUAUAUACCACG